AUUAUCCAAGAUGGCGGCUAAAUUUAACGAUACUAAGUGGAAAAUAAUAUUUCUCUCGACAAAUUCUUCCACGCAAGGACUCUGUUCGAGUACAAAUGUGUGUUAUAGAACCUCCUUUAUUCUGGAAUAAUAAGAAAGUUGAGAUACAGGGAUAGGUGCAGGUAGAUCUCAAGAAUCCAGUCUUGAUGUUUUCUACGUCGAGAUCGCAGAGGCAGACUUUUGCUGAUGGUGUGGCAAAAUUAAAAUCAAAGUCUGCAUCACCUGUGCAAACAAAAUCUACGAAGAAACAACCAGAGGAGAAACGAGUCCAAUCUUCAACGAGUGAGAGGGAACUGGGAAAGCUAAGCGUGCGGGAGAUUGUAAGUAACUGAUGUUACUAAUAGUUGGCAAAACAUAAUAUACACUAAUGUACUCUGCUGCAUGCCAAAGUACAAAUUUAUAAAUCUUUCAAUUUCAGAUGUACAGGUUUAUAACUGAGAUUUAAACUGAAAGUGUAUUUGAACAUAUAAUAACAAUGAUUGGUUUGAGAAAGAGUUGUAACUGUUGAAUACUUUGUCACUAUAGUAAGAGCUUAUCUAGCUUGAUAAGAUCUGAUGAACUCCUCCUUCCAAAAUCUCCUCAUCAUCCGAAUGUUUAUUAAAGCAUCAGUACCAUAAUGGAGGUAAUUUUUUCCUGUAACAACCAACCUUCAAGUGAUUCUAGCAUCUUGCACAACUCUCAAGUCCGUGAUCACUGCCAGGUUUAUGUAUGACUGACCUUGGAAUUUUCCUGUAAUGUUUGCUUGUACUAAAUUUGACUCAUGAAUGUCAAAAAUGUUGCUGUUGUUAAACAAUCGUGUAUACUAUACUCAGCUUGAAAGAUGUCAAGAAGUUGACAGUGGAAGGGUUUUUGAGAUCAAUCUGAACAGACAAUCUCUGGAACAAGUGCCAAGCCUAAAGGAGGUAAGUAGAUUAUCUCAUAUAUAAUUAAACAAGAUACACAUAAACACAUCCCUUUAUUGGCAGUUGAAAUAUGCAUCAAUUUUGUUAGUCAUCAUUAUAUUAUGGGACUUUCCCUGUUCUGUCAUAAAACCCAGUUAGAAAUACACAACAGUACAGCUGUUUAUAAUUGUGAGCUGAUAAGUAAACUAAGAGCUCUUAGAUUUGUUUUAACUUUAUCAGAUUAAUAAAUUAACACAAUAGAAGGAUAGGACAAAAACUUCAGACCUGUCUUUAGAUGUUUUUAACAAUGUCACCUUGUUUAAUUGCUACUUUUGUUCAUUUGCUUUAUUCAGUUUCCAAAACUUAAAAUCCUGGAUUUGGGAUGCAACAAAAUAAAGCACGUUUUGCCUGGUGACCUGGAGAAAAAUUGUGUAAGUUGAUUAACCAUGUCAUCAUAAGAGUGCAUAUAAUUCUUUCAAGGAAAAGCAGAUUAAUUACCACAAAUAACUUCCAAGAUAUAACAAUGAGGAAACAGGAAGCAACAAUUAUUUUUGAUUAAGAUGUCAAUAUAAUAAUGCUAUAAUUGCUUGUCUGUAUUCAAUAUAGGACACUACCUUUGCUGGAAACAGAAUGUGCAUAUGCACAACUUAAUUCUCUUUGAAGUUAAUGAUUUUGUGUGCCUUGGUCUAGUAGCCAAGGCCAAGCUUUGACCAGUCAGAAAUGUUGUCAUGCCACCUUUUUUGCUGGCUGCCCCUGCUUCUUUCUAGGUUUAUUUAGAAAAUCUAUUUCUGAUAUUUUAGGAUCUUAGAGAACUAAAGCUUUAUGCCAAUGAGAUUAUGGAAAUCAGUGGUUUAGACAAGUAAGUCUGUAUGUUUUUGGAGCUAACUCUUUUAUUUCAUGCCACAGGAUUGUGACACAUCAGUGUUUUAUUCUAGAAGUUACAUUAAAAUAUCGUACACACUUUUUUAAGAGUUUCAUUUACAAGUUGUCCAAUAUUACUAGUAAUUUUAAAUGAUAUCACAUUUUGAAUGUUUUUUAUUUUAUUUUAUUUUAUUUUAUUUUAUUUUUUUAAUUUCAUUUUACAUCCAAUUCAUUGAUUUACCUCUAUAAUUGGUUCAUUUUGAUAUCACAUUUUGAAUGUUUUUUAUUUUAUUUUAUUUUUUUAAUUUCAUUUUACAUCCAAUUCAUUGAUUUACCUCUAUAAUUGGUUCAUUUUGAGCCCCAUACUUAAUUUUUCCUGACAGAUUUUUCAUAGAAAUUUUGGCUUAAGCUAAAUGUCUCAUUGUAGCAGAUGAAACAGAAUUUUCAAUUUAUGACUGUCUAAUUUCUCUUUGUCUAGUUGUAAAGAACUGAACAAUCUUCUUCUACAAUAUAACAAGAUUAAAAGCAUAGGUAAGCUCACACACUUCAAGCUACAAAUUUGAAAUGUUUUUUAGAAUGUGAGCAAGUAACCUUUAUUGGUUUGCUAACCCUUUAAUUCCCAAGAUCUGAUUGGUUGUUUUCCCCUCCAGUUGCUAUACAUGUCCUUAUUAAUUUGUUAUGAGAAUUUGAUAUUGCAUCAAGAUAAUUUCUGCCUGAUAAGUUUGAGAAUUCUCAUUACCUGUUUGCUUGAUAAUGUAUGAAUAUUAUAGGGAGAAGUUAUAUGUUAAUCACUUCUGGGAGUUGAAGGGACCCCCUAACUCAGUUACAAUACAGUUUGUAGGUAUUAUCAUCAGCUUUCUUAGACCUCUAAAAAAAUGACAACUUAAACUGAAAUUUUAUUGAUCGACAUUUCAUGAUGAUCUGUUUUUCUUGAUUAUUUUUAAGGCAAAGGUUUACAGCAUGUGAGAAAACUCAAAGUUCUGAGGCUUGAUAACAAUCGUCUCUCCAAGAUUGACUUCAGGGAGAUUGGUUGCUGCUCACAAAUAACUACCCUGGACAUUAGCUGCAAUAAUAUCACAGAUAUUUCUGUAAGUUUAUUCAAUGAGUGACUUUUCAUUUCUCCAAAAAUAUUUGGUCUUUUAUGUAAUUAUGUGGAUCUUUAAAUAAUUCUGUGAAAUUUUAUUUCUGCUUUCAUCAAAUAUAUUUAGUUACCACUCAGCACAUCAUGUCUAAAAUUAAUUUGGCAUGAAACACUCUUUUAUGCUUAAGUCAUCAAGAUAUUUCCAUCAUUUAACAUACUGGAGCUUAGAAGUCAGGAAGGAGGGGGGGGGGGUGGGUGGGUCACUGGAAUUGUUUUGGCAAGGCUCUAUAACUUUGACCCUGACAUCUUUCUUCAUCACUACUUGGAGGUAUGCAAAGUGGUUCUGCUAAAUGCUGUUAAGGCAUCUUGUUCACAACAAAGCAGUCUGCCAAUCCCAGUUUAUGUCAGGUACCAGUAAAUAUUGGUAAUUGGUUAGACCAUACAAAUACAUUGAUAGUUAUGUCAUUUGCUUUUGGCAGGCCAUCAAUGCCCUUCCAGCACUUGAAGAGCUGGAUGUCUCAAACAACAAAGUCAGCAAAAUUCCUGAUUUAGGAAGAUGUAAAAAGGUAAGAAGUUAAAAAAAUAUGGUUUGACUCUCUUUUUACAUGGAAGUGCACUGUUAUUAAAAGAUAAUUAGAUUUACGUUGUUGUAUAAAGUCACUCACCAAUUUCUUUUAGAUUCAAGAACUUGAUGUCUCAAAAAAUCAAAUCUCAGAUUUAUCUGGAUUGAGGAACAUCUCUAGUUUAACUGUAAGUAUUUGGGAAACUGUUACAGUAUAUUAAGGAGCUGCUCAAUCAUAUCAUUUUGUAACAAGUUUUCUUUUUAUCAUUAAUAGAUUUUAAGAGUGGAAAAUAAUAAAAUAGUUUCUAUGGAUUCUCUGGGCAAGUUGAGGUAAAGUUUGUUUUUUCUUGUUGUCUCAUGUUGACUAACAGAAGAGUUGUGAUCUUUUAGUUCUCCAAAAGUUCACUGAAUUUUCAUCAAUCUCACUGAAAUAUAAUUUUAUGUAAUUUGCAACACCAGCAAUUUACAUUUACUUGUAGUAUUAGAUGUAUAAGAUGUCUUUUGAUUUCAGCAGUAAUGAGACUUUUAUUAUAUUGGCAGGGCUCUGCAAGAAUUGUAUCUAUCAAACAACAGAAUAUCAGAAGUGAAGGUUAGGUUUAUCUAGUGGCUUUGUGGAAGGUUUUUUGGUGUAUUUCUUGAGCACUAAAUGCUGCAGUAGUACUGCUAGACAAAUUUUAUUUUUUUUUAAUUAUAUAUAUUUAUAUUGACCACAACACUGUACAUUUUUCUUGAAUCAAUGCUCGUAAGGGGUGGAGAACCAAGGGAGUAAAUGUUCAUAGAAUUAACCCUUUAAAUCUCAUGAGUGACCAAGACAGAAUUUCUCCUUACAAUAUCAAUACAAUAUCAACCAGAUAAGUGAUGAGAAUAAGGAAAAAUAUCAAUUUGGGGAUAAUUAGUUGAUCCAAUACUAAAUUCUCUGAACUAACAUUAUAAGAAUUGUAUGGUUGGUAAUGAGGAGAAUUAGAAAAUUUGAUCUGAGAGUUAGAGGGUUAAAGAUAAUUCCUCUAUCUGCAGUAAAGUCCUCCCAGGAUUGGUUUACUUCAACUUGCUGUAUUUCUAUUGCAGUCGUUUGCCAGUCAGUUUUCAUCUUUGGAAAUCUUGGAUGUGUCUAACAAUGCCAUUACAACUGUAGAAGAACUGGUGAUUAUCAAAAAACUUUGUUUAAUCCUCAUAUUGUUGUUUAUCCAUUCACUCACCAGACGAUCUAGCUGAUGAAUAAUUUUUAAAGCAAUAGUGUCCUUUGUUUCAUUACAGUUCACAUUGUCAAGCAUUUCUACCCUUGUAGAGCUAGCUGUGGCAGGUAACAUUUAGCUAGUUGUUUCUUUUUUUUGUUCCCUCAAAUAGUGAUACUAACUUAGGUUAGUCUCCCAUGACAAUUCAAGGAAUUCAUGUUUCAGGUUACUAACUUAGUAAACAACAAAACAGCUUUAAAAAAAUGGUUGAUUUGUUCUUUCAAAAUAAGAGUUUUUACAACAUAUACUUUUUUUUUUCAGGAAAUCCAUGUGAAUCUGCUGACUCAUUUAGGUAAGCUAUUAUGUUUUCCUGAUACAAGAUAAAGCAGCCAUGUUUUGCUUAAGUGAUGACAGAAUAUAUCAUAAAAUUAAUGCAACAUUAAUUGUUUAUAAUGUAAUAUAAGUGUUACUUCAGAUCAUAUGUUAGACUAAAAUAUGUUUGGCAAACAGUUAACAAAUGAUUUGGUUGAGCCAUUUUUGUCAUCCCAGUGGAAGGUUUUUUUCCUUAAACUUAGUUUUUCAUAUUGAAAAAGCAGGGAAAAUGAUAAACAAAGUAUAAUGCUUUGAGCUAAUUUCAGAUCUUUUUAUUAAUUUGCUCUAACUUAUAAUUUUGUUGUAAAGUUGUCAUCGUCAGAUAUUUCAAAACCUUCCUUCAUUGGAAAUCCUUGAUAAGGUAAGUCUGGUUUAUUGAACUUUGAUGUCAUUGUUUAGUUUCUCUUUCUCCUAUCUUGGGCCUUGUACUUAUUCUAUUUAAAAGCUAUUUCCCUUCUUUUCAUGAUAAUUUUUGUCACGCAGGUGUCACGCAAGAGACCAAGUACUGGUCAGUCACGCGCGCCUCCUCCAAUGAGGCCCAUGUCUGCAUUACAAGGUAUGGAAGCUUUCGAUUUGAGGAGGGUUGCGUGUAUUUAUUUUUUUACAAAAUUUUGGAUUGAAUCUCACAAUAACCAUUAUCGAUGUUUUUUUCCCUUUUUUUUUCAAGUCUUAAGUGCGAAACAAGUCGAGGAGCAGAUUAAAGCAACAGAACUUGAACAAACAUCUUUUGAAUCGUCUAUCGCUUCAAGGUGAGAAAGCUUCGCAUGGUACUUUUAUUUCUUCGCUUGAGAUCUAGAAGCGAUUAUUGAUAAGUUAUCUAGCACGCGCUUGGAAAUGUUCAUGUUAUAAUGUGUUGUAAUGUGUAGCGGCCUUGCUUUUUUUUUAUUUCCUGCAGGUUCGAUAUGGUAAAAGAUCUGUUUGAAUCUCUGCCUUUAAAAACGAACUUAACCAUACGCGACCAUCCUGUAUCAGGUAGAGGGACGCAUUAAUUACAUUGAGAAAAAACUGUCUUAUUUAUCUAUUCAACGCCCAAAAUGUUUCCUUUCCACGCGACCUAGAUCGAGAAAAAACCUCUAAGAGAUUUGUCUCUUUGACUGAGGGGUUUUGAAGCGAUAAGGAAGGCUGCGUUUCCAAAUACAUGUGGUUACUUUGAACAGAAAGAUUUCAUGGUUUACUGUUUAAUAAGAAAAUGAGACGUUCGUUUCCAACAAAUGACGCUUUUUUGAAGGAUUUGUUUGAAGGAUUUGAGUCAAGAUCAGGCCAAACUCAAUUUUUUUUCCGAACGAUGAAAACUUUUAAAAAACGAGUCUUUUUCGAAUUCCUUGAAUCGAAAUUCGACAUAGAAGAGCUCUACAAUUAACUUCAUUAAUCAUUUUGUUACUCUUGUUUCAGUGGCGUCUGCGUUGGACCGAGAAUCAAGUAACUUUUCCCGACCCGGGACGGCUGGGGAGGGAAGACCUGGCAGUCGAUGCAGCAGGUCAGUGUAACCCGAGAAACGAGAGUUUUCUUGAGACAGAAAAAUGUUUCUGAUAGGAAAAUUCCCAUUUACCGAGGCGCCAAUUCUGAGCCACUUGGGAGACCUUUCACUGUGAAAAAGGAAAACACCUCGCUUUAUUUUUAAGAGAUGUUGUAGAGAUGUGAAGCUAUCGAGGUAUUUUUAAGUUAAUGAAAUUCCUCGCAUAGAUGAGUUGUUGGUUUUACUUUUAUUACAAAUGAUCAGAAAAUGUACGGUUUGGAAGUAAUUUUUCUUCACUUAACGAGAUCCAUAUUGCUUUCUGAUGUUAUGUUUAGCCGCUCAAGAAUCGCUGAAGCCAGAGCAUUCGCCGCCGAACACUUUCAUCCAAAGGACAGCUGACAUUUCAUAGAAUUUACCACAAUCUGUCGACUGGUAUUUAUUGUACUCAUUGUGCAACAAGGAAUUAUUUUACGAGACGUCGAAGAGGCCAAGAUCUUCUAUCUAGUCUAAUUCAGGACUGGUGAAUUAUACUGAAUCUGCCUUUGUUGUAAAAUCCGAUGGAAGUCCCUUGCAACAAGAAAGACAAUAUUAAUGGCUGGCAAUGGACGAUGUUUAAGGAAAACUUUUGUACAGAAUGUUUGAAGUUGUAAAUAUAAAGUUCCCUUUGUUAUUAAAGGACGCGAGAACACGUUUCGUCAUCAGUUUGGAAUCCCUAUGUCAAUUUUUGAGAUGUGAACUGUGUGAGUCGAGAAGGGGGAUUUUAGUCGGUAAAUGGGGAGACGUUAGGCAGUCGAACGCCUUUCCGUCAGUUCAGUGCUUCACUUGCUUUUUACGGCAGAAAUUAC